CACCAUCUUUCUGGUUGCGGUGGUGAAUGUAAACAGGAAAUUCGUAAACAGUUUUGUGCAUACAAAAUGUAUCAACUGAUUGAAGUUGAUUGAAUUUACCAACCUCGAACGCCACUUGAAAAGUAUUACGAUUAUUAUUUCAUAAUUAUUUGCUAGUCCUAUAUUUUAUUUAGACUCGUGGAAAUUUAUAAAAAUUAUAAUUGAUGGUACUUGGUCGCAUACCAGUGUUUGCCGCUACUUAUCACAAUGAACUCAUCUAUGGUUUCCCAGCGCCAGUGCUGUGCUGCCUCGCAUAGCCAACAUACAGACGGCAAAAAUAAAAAAUUAGUGUCAAGAAGAAAACGGGAGGGCAGCACAAGGGGGGCGGAGGACAAUUCCUUCCAAAUUGAUCUUAGCAACAUUAACGAUAGUUCAGAGGUCGUACCACAACCAAGGAAAUCGCCUCGUUUACAUAAAUCAUUGGAAAUUUCACCCGCUAGACCAAAAUCGGCGAACUUGAAUAUCGGAAAGCCUGUCAAAAGACCAAGUAGCCCUACAAAGAUGACGCAAGCGAAGGAGGCAACACAAGUGAGGGAGGCAACACAAGUGAGGGAGACGACACAAGUCAGGGGGAGGACACAUGUAAGGGAGACCCCCAGGACAAAGAAAGGAGGGUUAAGACCACAUAGUAGUUUGUUGAAGUCGCAGAAGUUAACAGAGAACGUGAACGAGAGCAGCUCAAGUAUUCGACCAGGAACAGCACCGCAGAUUACGAUUACUGAGGUGUUCCCAGCCUGGUCAGAGACUGAGCUACUGGAAGCCAUUGAAAACGCCAGUCUUAACGAUGAUCCAAAAGAUAUAUCUAACAUGUCAACUCAGGAAGAGUCUUAUACACCAACCAGUGAUGAGUUUAGUGAUGAAGAAGACGAGGAGGAAGAGCGCCCUCUUAAGGACCCGAUUAAAAGGUUGAUGGAAACGCCACCGGUUAAAGAUGAGGACUAUGAUACUGAUCUAGAAGAUGACUUUCCUCCAGGUGAACUGAAGAAAUAUGAUUCAACAGGAUGUACAAUAUAUUUAGAACAAUGCCAAGAGGAAGGGGUGGAUCCAAUUUCCUUUGUGCUGCGAAACUUACACAAGCCAAAAUUAAGGCUGCGACAUCGCUACAUGGCUCCGAGAGACAUGAAGCCUUUAGCACAAGCUCUUGGUAGCAACACUUGUAUAGAAGAUUUGGACCUAAAUGACAAUCACAUGACAGAAGAAGGAGCCUUAGCAGUUGCAGUCAUGAUGCGAAAUAACAACUACAUACACAAAUUGGACUUAUCUGAUAAUGUAAUUGGCAGUAAAGGGGCCGCAGCAAUGUCAUUUAUGCUGGAGAGUAACUACACACUUAAGAGGUUGUGCUUAAGUGGAAAUCAUUUAAAAGAUCGAGAUGUAGCGAUUCUGGCAACAGGACUGCGCAGCAACGGGACACUCACCGAACUGGACCUCAGCUAUAAUGAGUUGGGGGAAGCUGCUGGGGUAAACAUCGGCCCUGCUUUGGCUUCAAAUGAUAGUUUAGUGUAUCUCGAUCUGAGAUGGAACAGUAUUCGUGGGAAAGGAAUUGUAGCCUUGGCUAAUGCACUAAAGGUUAACACAACUCUGGAAGUGUUGGAUUUGUCCAUGAACGCUGUUGGUUUACCAGGAUGUGUAGCUUUUAUGAGGUCACUGAAGGUCAACACUGGCCUCCGUAUCCUCAACUUAAGCCAUAAUCAUGUGAAUACCCAAGCUACUCAAAAACUGUCACUUGGUUUGAAGAAAAACACCAAGUUAGAGGUGCUACUGCUGAAUGGUAAUCCUGUUGGGGAUGAGGGGAUCAUCGCACUAUUGAAGGCUCUCAUGGUUAACAACUCCCUCAAACUACUCAAUCUAAUGGAUUAUUCAGUCUCAAAGCAAGUGCUUCAAAAGCUGCAAGUAGUCCAGGAAGAUCGAGACAUUUGUAUUCUGUGUCGAGACAGAGACCACACAAAACUCGCUAGCAAGGACUGCAAUAUUACAAUCAGCAUUGUGAACCAGUUCAUAAACAAGAACCAAACACGAGUGAUUGACAAGUGUUACUUGAUUGAUGAGGAUCGCACUGGUUUCAUCUCAUCAAGUCAAUUCAUAACGAUGCUACUGGAUGCAAACAUCGAUGUUAGAAAGUCUGAUCUGAAGAAAGUAUUAAAAAUCCUGAAAUUAGAGGAUUCACAGAAAAUAUCCUACAGGCACCUUUUCAAUAGUUUAUCAGCGCUAUGUCAAGAUGCAUAAUAUAUCGGAUAAUAGCAAGGACAUCUUCGCUUCAAGAUAUCUUGAAUAAAUGCAAAAUCUGAAUAAAUGUUGAACCAAAAAGUACACCAAAUAUUUGUAAAAGAAAGAUAUUUUAUACCAGUAUACGUUUUUGUCUAAACCAAAUUUGAAUUUUUUAAAAAACAGACCUUAAAAUAAUUCCAAAUAUGAAUUAUUAUAUGUUAAGUAUUUCAUCAUAUAAUGCCAAAACAUACCAAAAAUUAAGUCUUUCCAUAUUUGCUGCAUAUUUUGAAAGCUUUAUAGUUUGAGAUAUAAUCUAUAUAAUGUUGCCAAAACAUUUUGUAAAUAUUUCUAGUUUUUGUAUACUAGUUGUCUUUCUUUUCUUGUGUGUUACUACAGUAGUAGUUUUUAUGUGCAUAUUGCACAGUUUUUAUGUUAGUUAUUUUAUUGUUUUAGAUUACAGUAUAUGUCAGUCGAGGCUUUUCUAUACCUUGUUUCGCAAACUUGUUAUUUUAAAGAUCGCCAAAGGAGGGCGGGAAAAAAAAUAAAGUUUGGGUUUUCUUUUUUAGCAAAUGGUUUUGCCAAAAAUAUCCAGAUGAAGAGAAAAUAAAAAUAAAAUUUUAUUGCUGACAGUGUAAUAAUUAUAAUUUAUAUAAUUAGGAAGAAAUACACAUCUUAUAUGGGCCCCCAAAAAUUUGUCAAAAACAUGGAGAAAAAAAGAAUAUAUUCAAAAUUAAGAGUGUCAGUUCCGGCAAACUAGAGGGGCUAUAAUCAUAAAGCAUGGUGGGGCUGAGGCUGUCUAAACCCUCCAUCUGGGCUGCUACUGAUGUAUAUACAAUUACUGUACUGUUUACAAAAUGAAAAUGCAAACAUAAUUAUAUUUUAAAAAUCUGGAUACAUAUAUAUAAAAUGGUUGCCAUACAAAUUAUAUAAAAUUUAACUGGAGUAUAAUGUAAUAUGUUACCAGACUGUUGUAUAUUUAUCUUCUCAGAACCAAAGAUUGAUGUGUGUGACUAGAUAAUCUAUUAUAGGUCUACAUUGAAUGCUGUGUGUGAACUUAUACAAACUGUAUAUGUAAUAAACUAUAAAUGUAAAAUGUG